AUGGCCCAAAGUGCGGUCCAGAAGAACAUAGUCAUACUCGGUGGAUCCUACGGCGGCAUUUCGACAGCUCAUUAUCUCCUAAAGCAUGUCCUUCCGCACCUGCCAGAACAUGCCUCCUAUCAACUCAUUCUGGUCAGCACCUCAGAUCAAGUGAUGUGCCGACCUGCCUGUCCUCGAGCGAUGAUAUCAGAUGAACUAUUGCCUCAGGAGAAGCUUUUUAUCAGUAUUCCGAAAGCGUUUGAUCAUUAUCGCAAGAUGAGCUUUCGCUUUGUCCAAGGCACGGCAGUUGGGCUUGACCAUGCUACGCGGAACGUCACCAUCAAACAACCAACAGGAGAGUCCGAAAUUAUUGAUUUUCAUGCACUUGUCAUUGCAACUGGAGCUUCUACUCAAUCGCCACUUCUCGGGCUCAAUCAAGAUGUCAACUUCCUGCGCACCAACUGGGCAACAUUCCGCGAGGCAUUAAAAGCUGCCAAAACAAUCGUAAUCGCAGGUGGAGGCCCGACGGGAAUUGAAAUAGCAGGUGAACUUGGGCAAUAUCUUAAUGGGCAGGCUGGGUGGUUUCGCUCGACUCUGACACAGCCGAGAGUCGAGAUAACGGUGGUGACGGCCGGCUCUUACAUCUUGCCUGUACUUCGCACGACAAUUGCCAAACAAGCCGAACAUUAUCUCGCAAAACUCGGAGUGACGGUGAUUAAGAAUUCACGCGUUAAGGCUAUCGAGCCUGAGGAAGCAGGAACUACAGAUAUAGCUUCCAAGGCGACGAUAACACUUGAAAAUGGGAAAAUGUUGAAAGCGGACCUGUUCAUCCCAGCGAUGGGCACUAUCCCAAACACCGGUUUUGUGGACAGGUCUCUCUUGACUUCGGAUGGCCGAGUCGACACCAAUGCUUCAACACUACGUGUUGAUAAAGCCGGCCCACGAAUAUAUGCUAUCGGCGAUGUAUUCUCAGGUGCGAGGCCAGCCGUCCAUAAUGUUCUUAGCGCUGUUCCUGUUCUCGCUACGAACAUCGAACGAGAUCUACUGUAUGCUGAUGGACAUCAAAGAAGCAUUAUUGGCAAGGAUAGAAACUUCAAAGAGGAUAAACGUGAGACUCAAUUGGUACCAAUAGGCCAGAGUAAAGGCGUCGGGGCAGCGAUGGGCUAUCAACUACCCAGCUUCAUGGUCUGGCUCAUCAAAGGCCGCGACUAUUGGUUAUGGACCACAGGCAACCUCUGGAGCGGCAAGCAAUGGGAGAAGAAGUCUUAA